UUUUUUUUCUCUCAACAACGGUAAAAUCAUCCAAAGCUCAUCUAUAUAUUCACACCAAAUCCCCGCCUUCAUUUCUCAUCACUCUUUCCUCUCCUAUAUUUCUUUGUUCAGUAGCUAGCUGGUUUUUCUUGAAGAGUUUGGCUCAUUCUUUUUGGGUUCUUGGUGAAGAAAUUAAGUGAUUGUAUCAAUGGCAUCUCGAAGAUUUCUUGGGUAUUUCAUUUUUAUAUUCUUGGUGAUGAUGGGGUUUCUUUCUGGCCCUUCUAAAGCUUAUAAGUUCUAUGUUGGUGGUAGAGAUGGCUGGGUUCUGAACCCUUCUGAAAAUUAUACUCGAUGGGCUCAUAGGAAUAGAUUUCAAGUCAAUGACACUCUUUUUUUCAAGUACAAGAAAGGAUCAGACUCAGUAUUACUAGUGAAAAAAGAGGACUAUACUUCAUGCAACACCAAAAGUCCUAUCCAGUCCUUGACAGAUGGUGACUCCAUCUUCAUCUUCGAUCAUUCGGGUCCCUUCUACUUUAUUUCUGGUAAUACUGAUAACUGCAAUAAGGGUCAGAAAUUGCACGUUGUUGUAAUGGCAGUCAGACCAAAGCCAUCACCUACUACUCCUGCCCCUCAAUCUCCUUCUCCAGUGGCAGCUCCACCCCAGUCUCCAUCAUCUUCACCAAUCAGUUCUCCUCCUGUGCCACCGCCUACGACGGCGGAGUCCCCAAGUGAAAGCCCAAUCGUUUCAAAUGCUUCAGAAUUGGCACCACCUAAUCAUUCAGGAUCUGAGGGUUAUAAUAGUUUCUUUGGGUUGGUUUUGGGUGCUAGUAUUGGAGUGAGUGUGACAUUGGGUAGCUUUAUUGGAAUGGUUUAGUUUAUAAUAUGUUGGUAAAGUGAAAAAGAAAGAUGCAUUGCUUGUCUUUUUUAAUUAGUUAAUUCUUUUGUUCUUUAACUAUAUUGUUUUCCAAUAUUAGAUUUUUGUUAAUGAACUAUUUUUAUUUUUUUAA